AUGCAAUCGAAGACUUGUGAAGUCUGUAAAGAAGCCUGCCACAAGUACAAAUGCCCAUCCUGCAGUACGAAGUAGUAAGUAAACAUGUAAGAAAUUCUUGAUAUUUCCAAUACUUUGGCUCGUGCUCCAAUGAUUUAUAACUAAGCUACUUAAUCUAGACUUACCCCGGAAAAAUUUCCGCACAGCCCCAUACUUCAUUAUGCAUGCACAUCUUAUUGGUUUUGCACUGAAUAAUAAAUCCUCAUAUAUGGAUGCAUGAUGAAGUAUGGGGUUGUGCGGAAAUUUUGCCCUUACCCCUUUCACCCAAUAUCAACUUGUUGAUUCUCCCUACUUUUUGCCAUACAAUUCUUGGAAUGUUCGUUCAGGGAAUUUGGUUUUGGAUCAUUUUUUUUCCCUUGUUGAUAUUUUUCUUUUUUUCUUUUCAUUUCCUUUUCUGGUUGAUUUUAAAGAGAAAUUCUGUCUUGGUCACUCAUGGGAGUUAAGCAAUUAUUGAUUUUUUUUCCGUUUUUUAGUUGCUCUCUUUCCUGCUUCAGGGCUCAUAAAGGUAUGAUACGAGGAGCCUUUCCUUUUAGUAUUACUUCUAUGAAUGUGAGAGUUCCAACAUUGCUCUUGUCACAAUUAAUUGAGUAUAUAGUCACAAAACUCUUUUUGUUGUAGGAUGAUUAUAUCUUGUUUCCUUAUGAGCCACUGGUGUAUUUAGUGAGAACAGAUCAGAUGGAGUGGUUGCGUGCCACCCUCAGCUAACCUGAAUAGAAGAGUUAUAUUUUCUAUGAAUAGCUUAAGGAACAGGAUUUUUUUUUCUGAAAUAUCACAUAUUUUGGGAGGGUGUUGGGACCUGAAAAAAGAACUUCAUCUGGUGAUUAACUAUGCACCAUGUCUAACCCUUUACACUCUAACAUUAAUAUGCAUAUUCUCCAUACUGUUCUCUAUACAUUUCAUAGGGUGUUGACAAGGAGAAUUUCUUUAAUAAUCAAGAGGUUCUUAAGUUGGUGAACAUUUCCUUUAUUUUCCCGAUGACCAGCACAUAUUGAUAAAGUUAAGCUUUACACCCAUUUUCUUAGCUGUUGUUGUGUCAACAUUCCCCGUUUGCAGAUGACAUUUGUGAAAGAGAAACCAACAGAAGAAAAGAAGAGAAAUUAGAAGAAAAUGAAAGAAACUUAAGAGCCAUAUCACUGGCCAAGAAAGGUGCAAGAUGAUUUUUAUUCAUUUAAAAUCAAGAUUUUAAAAUAUGCCCAAAAAAGCUAGUGCAUCAAUUAAAAAUAUUUUCAUUUGUAGAAACAGAGGAAGGAGAAAUCACAGAGAGUGAUUCCAGUGAAAGAUCAGAUGAUGAAGACAGGAUCAGUAAAAAUGUUUUGGAUAAACUAGGUAACUACCUCUCUUGA